AUGCGCUUUUGGCUCAUCGUUCUCUUCACGGGAUGCAGUGCAAGGCCGCUGGUCGCAACUGGCGUGGGAAAGCGUCAACCUAGGUUUUUCCAAAAGUCACAUGACGUACCCUCGUACGUUCCGAGCGCCAAAGGGGGACCGACAUACCUCCGCCCGGAGUCCAAACACCCAGCAUUCCUGCCGCCGAAGCUCAGGAAGCCAUCGUACGUUCCGCCGUCGCCCAAGGAGGCACCCAGCUUCUCUCCAGCUAAGGAGCGAUACGCGUUCGCUCCCGCAAUCUCCAGACGUAGCAAGGCCGAGUUAUUUUCAGGACUGGGCCUCUCAGAAUCUGCUCCUGGGCCUUCCAAAUCUGCUCUUGGGACUGCGAAUUCUGCUCCUGUCAGAAGGACUGCUGGAAAGGACCAGCCGAUAUUCUCUGGCCCGUCCAAGAAACAGCAAUUCCGAAAAGUAGACCACUAUGUUCCACCUGGCCGCUUCGACAACAUAUGGUCUCGCGGCUGGUUCCAAGAAAAACCCAGUCCCAUCUUUGAUCGACUUAAUGAGCCCUUUUAUUCCGAUUAUUAUUACCCACCACCCACCUCCACUCGCAAACCCCGACCCCGACCUCGACCCACACGAAGACCUACACCUCUGCCCACCACUGACACGACCACUACAACCACUGAGGAGGAAUACACCACUGAAGAGGAAUCUACUGCUGAGGAAACCACAACCGAGAACUACUACAGCUCCGAGACCACCCAAUCACAAUGGGCGAACGCUUUCAGUUCUCAACCCGCGGAGCCUGGGACGGCGGCUCAGCUCGGUACGACCACCGAGCUGUGGUUCAAACUGACUGUUGUGCCCUCCGUGGGCGCCAUGUCCGACGAAUCUACCACUGCAGAGGAAGUCUCCUCGGCAGAGGAAGUCUCCUCGGCAGAGGAAGUCUCCUCGGCAGAGGAAGACUUCACAACAGAGGAAAACUCUACGAUCGGGACGGAUGCCGCUGGCGGAAUGCCUACGUCGCAGGGCAUCAUGCCCAUAUCGGGCCCUCCGUUCUCCCGCUCCACUGAGGCCUCGACAAUGGAGGGCACUUCCAGCGAGGUAGGGGCAUCCACGCUGCCGUCGAGUUCCCCGGCGGACAUGUCUGGGAUGAGCGACCUGCUGGACAUAAUGGAAACUGGAGCCACCACCGCAGCCGUUGAUGGCAGUACCGCUGGGGGUAGUACCACGGGUGGCACCACCGCUGGGGGUGCCACUACUGAAGGCACCGCCACUGAAGUCACCACUGAAGUCACCACUGCUGAGGUUACCGAUGCUGAAUUAACAACUGCUGGUGGCAGUGCCGCUGGUGGCAGUACCGCUGGUGACACUACCGCGGGGGGCAGCGGAUCAGAGGGUGCUACGGCUGGGGGCGCAGAAGGCGCAACGUCCGGGGAAGACGCGGUGACCGAGGACUUGAACCCGGCGGGUGGGGAGAGUGGUGCUGGUCGGGAAGAGGGAUCUUCUGAGGGCGGCUCAGAAGAGGACCCGGUUGAGGAACAUGAGGCGGCGGGCGCAGGCGACUCGGAAGCCGCGGGCGCAGGCGACUCGGAAGUCACGACCGAGGGCGGCGGUCGAGGUCGCGGUCGUGGACACAGGCAGCGCAGCCACGGCGGCGGUUCACGUACUCACGGCCGUCGAGGCGGAGAGGAUGGCACGCAGGAGAAAGACGAGAACGCUGGGAACCACAUCCACAUCGAAAUCAACGUGCCCGCUGCCGCCCCCACUAGCUGCCCCGAUGCCAACGUGCCUAUCCCCGACACGAGCGUGGGUGUGUUAACAGAGGAAGUCAUUGGGCCUGCCGCACCGGAAGAUUCAGCUAUGAAUGCGCCGGAGAUUACAGCCCCGGAAAACGCUUCGAACGACGAGGACGAAAGUACGACAAGGCACGUCGAUUUGCCGCCAGGUAUGAUAAUUGCCAUAAACCCAUCCAUCAGCAUGGACAAUCCAUCCGUCACAGUCGACAACCCGUCUGUUAAAGUCGUCCAAUAG